GAGAACUUCUGCACGCGCGGCCAUGUUGACUAAAGUCUGAAGAGACAAAGGGACAGUGUUAAUGAGAGCUACAGCAACAAGGAGAGUCAACGAGGAGCAACACAGAAGCGGAUAUUUAUGUGUAAAAGAUAAGCGAGGAUUAAAACGUUCAUAUUAAAAAGGUGGCACCCUGCAGAAUCCUGUUUCUUCUUCAGUGAGGUGUUCAACAAGCCAGAGAGAAAAAAGCAGCUAGUAAAUGCAGAAUUCACGUAAUUCUGUACUAACUUUCCAAAUUAAAUAUAGUGCCAAUUGGGUUCACUAGGGAUAAACUGAUAAUUCCCAUAAAGAAACACCAAAAAGCUUUGUAGAUAACCAGAAAUUUACAUUUUUGAAUUUCAUAUGCUCUUCAGCACUUGAAUCCUAAAACAAUAUAAGUGUACCUUAGAGUAAGACAAAAGACUGGAAGUUGUUGAAGUUCCGAAGUAAAUAUUUUAUAAACUCUUCAGGGAUAACAAGUGAAAAAAGGAAGAAAAAAACCCAGCAUAUUUGUGCAUUUACAUCCCAAAUUUUGUAGUCUAGAUUUAAAUGCUUCAAAAUACAUGCUCCCAAAUCGUGUAUUUUAAUAGUGACAGCAGGUAAUAUUUAUUCUUAUAAAUACAUUUUUCUCCUCUUUUGGGAGAGUUUUCUUAAAAGCUAUUUUCAUACGUCAACACUUCUUCUUUUCAAGAGGUCUGCACGUACAAGUGAGAGUAGUCCAAGACAACUGUUUACACAGUAGGGCACUGGGUUUGACAGAAGCAGUGAAAGAACAGGGGCUUAGCAUAAACUCUCAGAAAGGAAAUCUGCAAGAACCCAACGACUGUGAGAAGUUAUUUCUAUAGCAAUGGCCACUGCAAGGACCCAGAUCCCCACAUCGGUCAUGGGAGUCACCAAACAAAAUGGGCAGGCAGGGACACAGACAGCAACAGUGCUCAGUGCCUCCCAGAAAGGAAGCAGCAUACCACACACCAGUGGUGGUAUCAGAUUUGGAGAUGACUGGAAGAAGUCCCUGCAGCUCCCAGAAAAAGAUACGAGAGUGAAAACCUCAGAUGUGACUGCAACCAAAGGGAAUGAGUUUGAAGACUAUUGCCUUAAACGUGAAUUGUUAAUGGGCAUUUUUGAAAUGGGUUGGGAGAAGCCAUCUCCUAUUCAGGAGGAAAGCAUUCCCAUUGCCCUGUCAGGAAGGGACAUUCUUGCACGGGCCAAAAAUGGCACAGGGAAGAGCGGAGCCUACCUCAUCCCUCUCCUGGAGAGGAUUGACCUAAAAAAGGAUCAUAUUCAAGCCAUAGUAAUGGUGCCAACUCGUGAACUGGCUCUGCAGGUGAGCCAAAUCUGUAUUAACAUGAGUAGGCACAUGGGGGGAGUGAAGGUCAUGGCCACUACUGGUGGAACCAAUCUAAAGGACGAUAUCAUGCGCCUGGAUGAGAUGGUACAUGUGGUGAUUGCCACACCAGGCAGGCUGCUGGACCUUAUGAAGAAAGGUGUGGCCAAAACGGGCAAAGUCCAAAUGAUGGUGAUGGAUGAGGCAGACAAAUUGCUCUCUCAAGACUUUGUCACCCUCAUUGAGGAAAUUAUUGGAUUUACGGACAAGAAUCGUCAGAUUCUACUUUAUUCUGCCACCUUCCCCACUACUGUACAAAAAUUCAUGUCAAAACACCUAAAAAAGCCCUAUGAGAUUAACCUGAUGGAUGAGUUGACACUCAAGGGCAUUACUCAGUACUAUGCUUAUGUAACAGAGAGACAGAAAGUGCACUGCCUCAACACACUUUUCUCCAGGCUCCAGAUCAACCAGUCUAUAAUCUUUUGUAACUCAACCCAGAGGGUGGAACUUUUGGCUAAGAAGAUCACACAAUUGGGCUACUCUUGUUUUUACAUCCAUGCAAAAAUGAUGCAGGAAUACAGAAAUCGCGUGUUCCAUGACUUCAGAAACGGCCUCUGUAGAAACCUGGUUUGCACAGAUCUUUUUACAAGAGGAAUUGACAUUCAGGCUGUCAAUGUGGUCAUCAACUUUGACUUUCCCAAAAAUGCAGAGACCUACCUACACCGCAUUGGAAGAUCAGGUCGGUUUGGGCACCUGGGUCUGGCCAUUAAUCUGAUUACUUCAGAGGAUCGUUUCAAUCUGAAGGCCAUUGAGGACCAGCUAGUGACAGACAUUAAGCCCAUUCCCGGGAGCAUUGACAAGAGCCUGUAUGUGGCAGAGUUCCACUCCAUCAACCACGAGGAAGAGGAAGAGAAGGACGCUGCACUCAGUGCAUCUUAAUUGAUUCUUGGCUGGAGAAUAAGUGGAUGAUUUCUGGCAUUUUGCACAUCUUCUGUUGAACAUGGGCACAAGGGUGAAGUCCCCUUUACUUCAUUUGACCAUUCUUACCAAUUUGUCAUUUCCUCUGUUGCACUGGCUCUGCAAAGCUAUCAGACUGCUAAUUGUUUAAUACCACCCUACAUGUUACUAGCACUGAUAUUUUUGGGAAUAAUCGUUUCUCCAGUAUGUUACAUUUGCCUAUCACCAUUUUGCUUUGUUACCAAAUAUGAAAGGGUACUUCAGUUCAGUAUGGUCAUGUGUAAAACCUACCUCAGCAGCCCUGCCCCAUAAAUAAGUGCUAAAAUAGUUGAAAGUGAUUUUUGUAUCGUUCCCAGCAACUUUAUACGAGCACUUGCUUACACAGUUAUGCAUAAACCUAAGUGCCUUUAAUGCUUUAUGAACACUCAGUGGGACCCCAGGUUCAGGAUUAAGUGGCCUGAAUAUAUUUUUAAAAAGCAAAAAAUUAAUCAGGUUUCUUUUGAAAUUUGCAGGUUAGAUUUUUUUUAAUGGCAUGCAUUCCUAGAAGAAUUUAUUGUAUGUCUGAGCCAGGUUGUAUUUUACCAGUUUACCAAAUGGAUUAUUUUUUUUGUGUUCAUGUUUUUGUUGUAAUACAAACUGAUAAGUGCUCAUGUAAAAAAAAAAAAAGCACUCACAUUUGUGUAGUUCUCAAAGCUGUUUGAUGCCAAUCUGAGCCAAUUCCAACUUUUCCUUUUCCUUGUUUGUGUUCGUCAUUUCCAUCUUUGAUGCAUUGUGAGUAGAAGUGCUGCUUUUACUGACAUGUAAAAGGGAGACUAUCCAAACCUUUUGUUCCAGAUGUCAGUGCCAGCAUCUACGUUGUCUCAUUUUCUUUGAAGAGAAAUAAAGUAUCCAGCAUA